ACCGACGUUAUCACAUCCGCAUUUGCGUUCGAAAGACAGAUUAAUAUUCCAACACGCAGUAUCCUUGUCUACAGAAGCAGCAAACACGCCACAAUGAGCAUAUUCCCUUUCGGCAAGAAUUUAUGCCCGGCCUGUAGUCACAUGAAAAGGCUGUUUUCUUCGGAAUCCUCAUCAACACGUCCAUCUCGUUCCGUGCUUCUCACUUCCCCAAUAUACAAUCCAUCACCUCAAAGUACUACAGCGCCUCAAACAUGGAUACCUAUGAAGCAAAGGCGGAAAUCUAUGGCGGCUUUAGACCUGAAACCUAAAGAAAAAGAAGGAAAUAAUCCGUGGAGCCAGAUGAUCAGGUCACCAAAGAGAAUGUGCAUUGUCACUCGGCAAACUCUACCUUCAGCUUUCCUCAUCAACCUUCGAGCGACUUACUUCCCUUGCCCCCAAGGAGAGAAUGAGAACAUCCAACUAUUACCGAAUGCUGUCGCAACGCCCAGCUCCAAUAAAAAGGGAAAAGGAAUGUAUGUUUUGUGUCAAAAAGAAACGAUUGAUCGUUUAGUUACCGGUAAAGGCCCUCACCUUUCCACCCUUCGACAAAUACCUCACCUACAAAUCCCUCCUAACCUGACGUCCAUCAUUCACGGCCAACUCCUUUAUCGUAUCCUCUAUGAACUCCGACACAUCUAUCGACGCCUAGAGGCUCUCCCUCUAUGUGGAAAUCGGAAGGACGCCGGGAAAGUCAAAAGUGUUCUGCAGUGGUUAAGCAAGGAGGAGAUUGAAGAUGUCCGGAGCGGAAGAGCUGUUACCGACAAGGAUGUUGUUGCCUUUUUCGACGUAGCUGGCCUUACAACGUCAGCUUCUCCCACCAUCAUACAGGAUAUCCCCGUACCCUCGUCUCUCGCAAACAUCUCACCCGAUGUUCCUUUACUGCCCUUGAAAAUCGACGACGAUCAUCCAGGAGAUAGAAAUACAAGUAAUAUUUUACCUUUGUACAAGCUAGCUUCCCUUUUCCCCUCCGAACUUCAUCCUUUCAUUGGCUGCUCACUCCAGGCGAUCAUUUUGACCGAGAGGCAACGCUUCCCCCCCAAUAGUCAUCUUCUUGACCAGCGUACCCCUUCAGAGGUUUUAGCUCUCAGAACUUUCGAAACAGACGAACACAAUACAGUGCAAGGAAAUCUGGGAACACUGUUGGCUGUAUCUCUUUGGAGACUGGUAUGCUUUCAUGGGCAGGCAUGGAAAGCUUGAAUAGAUAGAGUU